AAUAGAGUGGAAAGAGAAUUGACCACAUUAAUUUAUUUAUUUAUAUAUGGAUACAACUGCGGUACAUAAUUAGGCCUAAGGAGAGACAUUCGAAUAAAAAUUGAUUACAAUAUAAGGCACAUCUUCUCUACCAACGGAACAUGUUUAUAGAGUAAGGAAACAAUUGCAUCCACAACAGACUGGUCAUUAAUUUCAUUUGAAUAAGACUUAAAAUUCUUCAAUAAACAGUGUCAAUCACUUUUGCCAAAUAUGCAAUAAAAGCACUUCAAUGUCAACUGGUAGAUAUUGUGGAUGUUCUGAUCGUCAAUUUCAUUUAAGCUGUUUGUUAAACCAUAUAAAUCAAGGUUUUAAAUAAGGAAAUGGCAUAAUGUAAUGUUCUUAUUGCAAUCUCUAUUAUCCUACUGAAGUGGAAUCUAAGUAGUCAUUAUUAUAAUUUAUUUAGAUUGUCAUUGUUAAAUUUAUCUAAAACUGAGCGAGUGAAAUAUUGUCUAAUGCUUUUUCUCGUGCUUACAAUAAUAGCAAUAGAAAUUUUAAUCACUUUAUUCCUAAAUUUAAAUACGAUUUUAUAUAUACUAUUUGCAUUAUUAUGGACGGGUGAAUUGUUGAUUUUCUUACUAUUAAUAAGAAGAAUAUUCAUAUUAGCAAAUUUGGUUACAUUUUCAAUAAAAGAAUAUAGGUUUGGUGAUGAGAUAAUAUAAUUUAUUUAUGCUUAAAAUUCAUUUAAAAUAAUUUAAGCUCUUAAGUUUGGUAAAGCUAAAAAAUUAUAUUUGAAUUGA